GUUCCGUUCAGUUCCGUUGAAAAAAAAGUGAUUCUGGUUAUGAAUGUGUGCGUAAGUCAACAAACUUUAUCAAUGUUUCCUUGUUGAAAAGAUGUAUUUUUACUGUUUAAUACUUUUCGAUGGUUAACGUACCGAAUUACUCUCAUAUACAGUAAUUUAUUCAAAUUAAGUUUGUUAUUUUAGUGCGCGAAUUGUGGUACAUAACAAAUUUGGAGGUUAUGUUUACAUCAGUGUUUACCCUGUUUCCCCUGUUUACCAUUUAGAUUUAAAACUUAGACUUUAUUUUAUAAAUAUUUACAACAGUUUCCCAUACAAAUUGCCUAACUAGAUGUUUUAUUGGAAGAGCAAAUUUUCCAAUGAUUAUCAAUCGAAUUUUCGAAAUAGGAAAAUCAGGAAAAUUAAGUAAAUUUCGUCUAGACUUAUUGUUUAUGUCAUGUCAAGAUGCCAUUAUUUUAUUCAGUCAAACAGGUGGCAUGUUUAGAUUAUCUUUUUAAUCUUCCCCAGUGCACAAUGUACAAAUUUGCAAUCAAGUUCUUCGCACUAAAUUAAAAAAAAGAAAUUCUUUUUCGAACAUUACAAAUGAGCGAAAAAUUUGCAUUCAGUAAUACUUGAUACAAAUGAAUGAAAUAUGCCAAGAUUCAAUGUUAAAUACGAAAUUGCAAGAGAUGAAGUCGAGAAUACUGAGUACUUUUUGCAAAAUGAUCAAAAUUUACAAACUCCGUCGAAAAAACAGUUAGUCUUUCAGCAAAAUCAAUUUUUGCUUAUUAUAAUAAUAUGCCCGUAUUUUGUCCUGUCGAUGGGACUUACGUUCUAUCAAAAAUGGCUUUUCAAAACUUAUGAUUUUAAUUAUCCUCUUGCCACUGUGGUUAUUCAUUCGUUAUUAAAAUAUAUUUUGUGUGCUCUUAUAAAUUGUGGAAGAACAAUUUGUAGAGAACGUCAACCAAUAAGAUUGCCAUGGAAAACGGUUGUCUGGGCACUUGCCAUUCCUGGUUUUGCGACUGGAAUCGAUGUUGGACUUUCUAACAAAUCACUUAAAUUUAUAUCGGUACCUUUGUACACAAUGACAAAAUCAACGUCAAUCAUUUUCAUUCUAUUUUUUGCCGUUCUUUUCAAACUGGAGAGGAAGUCAGCGUCUAUGUUUUUCAUAGUAUUAAUGAUCUCAGGCGGAUUAAUAAUGUUCACAUAUGAAUCAACAAGUUUUCAUUUAUUGGGAUUUACAUUUUGUCUUAUUGCAUCGUUUUCGUCGGGAAUACGUUGGACGUUGGCUCAAUUAGUAAUGCAAAAAACAAAACUUGGAUUUAAAAAUCCAAUAGAUAUGAUGUACUACAUGCAACCUUGGAUAUUACUAUCAACUGUAUUUGUGACAUUUCUCUUAGAAGGUGAAAAAAUUUACAACGGUCUCAACGCGACUGAUUGGAAUAAUUUGAAUGCGAUAUAUUUAACAGUAACGUACAUUGUGAGUGGAGGUAUUAUUGCCUUUUGUAUGGAAAUUUUCGAAUUUUUAGUUGUCACAUACACUUCUAGUCUGACACUCUCAAUUAUUGGGAUAUUGAAGGAAUUUAGUAUUUUCAUCAUAGCAUUUAAAUUUGGCGAAGAUCGAAUGAACAGCAGUCUAAAUUUCUUUGGUCUGCUCAUGUGCCUUUGCGGAUUAAUUCUUCACGUUAUUCAUAAAAUGAGGAGUAAAAAAGAACCGAAUGAUAAUGCAGAACUACAGAUAAAUUCAUCAAUAAAUUCAAUGAGCAUUGACGGAAAUUCCGAGGAGGGAAUGGAAAUUAAUUGUCCUCUAUUGCUGCAAAAAUCAACAUCAUUAAGUAAUUUAUUAAAUUCGAAUUUCAGUUCUGACGAUGAUGAAGAAGAAUCAAAGGAUACAAAUAAUUCCCAAUCUGUUUUAAACGUUUUACAACACAGGGAUAAGUAAUUUUAUUUUUCGGA